AUGGAGAGUAAUGGCAAGGGUGUUUCAAUUGAUGGUGUUCCUCUACCAUUUGAGGCUGGCGAGAUUGAUUUUGGUGAGCCAGGAACUAAUGGUCAGCAUAGCUUUUAUCAGCUCAUACAUCAGGGGCGUGUAAUUCCUUGUGAUUUUAUUGGAGUUGUGAAAAGUCAGCAACCUGUCUUUCUGAAAGGUGAAGUAGUGAGUAACCAUGAUGAGCUUAUGUCCAACUUUUUUGCUCAGCCUGAUGCCCUUGCAUAUGGGAAGACAGAAGAGCAGCUGCAAAAGGAGAAUGUUUCCCCACACCUUAUUCCUCACAAGACAUUCGGCGGCAAUCGGCCUUCCCUCAGCCUACUACUUCCAUCAUUGAAUGCUUACAAUAUUGGGCAGUUAUUGGCAAUCUAUGAACACAGAAUUGCUGUAGAGGGUUUCAUUUGGGGAAUCAAUUCUUUUGAUCAGUGGGGAGUCGAGCUGGGAAAGUCACUGGCUACUCAAGUCAGGAAGCAACUUAAUGCGUCUCGAACUAAAGGAGAACCAGUUCAGGGCUUUAAUUUCAGUACAUCAACAAUGUUGACAAGAUAUCUUCAGGGAAGUUCAGAUAUCCCAGCGGAUCUGCCAACUGCUUUACCGAAGAUUUAA